CAGGAAGCCUCGGUUUGGCAAGCAAGUCGGGCUGGAUGUCGAGCGAACUGUUUUUGCUGGCGUUAGAGCACACUGUGAGACAUACGAAGUGCUCGAAGGAGGAGCCAAUUCUCUUGAUACUCGACAAUCAUGAAAGCCAUGUGAGCAUCAACACCAUCAACAAGGCCAAAGAGAGCGGAGUCAUCCUGCUGACCUUUCCCCCACACUGUAGCCACCGCCUGCAGCCACUUGAUGUGUCCGUGUACGGACCAUUUAAAUCUCGGUACAACGCUGCUUGCAAUGAUUGGCUCAUAAAUAACCCCGGGAAGACCAUCUCCAUCCACAAUGUUGCACAACUAGUUGAAUCCGCCUACGUAUUAACGGUGACACAAAAGAACAUAAUCUCGGGCUUUCAGAAAACUGGAAUUUGGCCUUUCAAUAGCGAGCCCUUCACUUCGGAUGACUACAUGAUGUCAUCAGUCACUGACAGACCCUUAACGUCCGUAAGCGGAGAAGUGUCACGACAGACGGCCACCAUCACCGGGAAAACGGACAGCGCAAGCCGACUGGAAAGUGAUUUGAACUUUGAGACAAACGGCCAUGGAGCUUGCAACGUCUCUACAGAUGUCUUCCCACCUACUGUCGCCAACGCAGCCUCGACGUCAACUGCAUCUCCCAGCCGGAUUGUUCCGAGCGACCUUAGGCCCUACCCUAAGGCUGCACCGCGUAAGACAGGGCAAAAAGGAAGGAAGAAAGGUAGGACAAAAGUCCUUACGGAUACACCCGAGAAGCAUGCGAUUGAACAAGAAGCUGCAGAGAGGCUGGCACGACAGAGUCUGAAAAAAAGAGCGCUUAUCACAGCUAAGACUGUCGCCACUACCCGCCCAAAAAAGAAACGGCGACUUCAGAAGGAGUUCAGUUCUUCAAUUGAAGACGACACUGUUGUCGUUGCAUUUGAUGAUUCAGACAGUGACAUGUCGGGUUCCGAUAAUGAGAGGCGGGACAUUUCUGAGGCCGAUUGCCCAAACAAAACUUUUCAAGUGACAAAAGGCGAUUUUGUCCUUGUCAGAUUUGGUAUGAAAAAAUCUGACAUUUAUUACACGGGUAGAGUCGAAAGUAGUGACAAUACUGACGUCAGUGUCCAGUUCCUUCGAAAGAAAGAAGAGAGCUCAAAGUUUUACUUUCCUCCGCAGAAAGAUAUAGGGACUGUGCCAAUAACGGAUAUUGUGAAGAAGCUGCCAGCGCCAAAAACUAUUGGGGGAACGAAGCGCCUGCAAGCUUGCUUCAAGUUUGAUGUGGAACUAUCGGCUUUUAAUGUCCGCUGA